AUGGACAAUCCUCUAUACGACCUCAUCAUAGGCAAUAUAGGCGGUGUAAGAGAAUCUCAUGAUCCUGACAUAAAUUGGGCACCGAGUAAGCGCACAUACUGCGAAAGUGAAUGGAUACCAAAGUUACCCGAAACAACGGCUGCGGUAGAGACUAGAGCACAGAAAGUUAAGAAAGCGAAGGACCUGCGACCACUUAAGGUUCUUGAAGCGCAAAACCUCUCUGAAAAUCGCGAAGAAAUUAUUCAAGCGCAACACGAAGAUACACUGUUAGAUAAGCUGUGGAAUUUAGCUGACUCUAACCAAGUUAGGAAGACCGGAAAGGAGAACGAAUCUAGGUAUUUUGUUUCGAACGGAUUACUUUUUCGUAGCUUCACAUCACCAUCGCUAGAGAAUGGACGCACAUUCACACAGUUAGUUCUGCCUAAGAAAUUGCACCCUAAAGUUCUGAAACUUGCUCACGAUUCCACAAUGUCUGGCCAUUUAGGCAUUAAGAAAACCACAGAUCGUGUACUAGCGAACUUCUACUGGCCAGGUGUGCAAGGUGAUAUCCGAAGAUAUUGUGUAUCCUGCGAUAUAUGCCAGCGAACAGUUCCGAAGGGCCGCGUAAGCAAAGUUCCAUUAGGCCGAAUGCCUCUUAUAGAUACGCCAUUCAGAAGAGUCGCUGUAGACUUAGUUGGACCAAUUUAUCCCUCCACUGACCCCGGAAAUCGAUACAUUCUAACGUUAGUAGAUUACGCUACCCGUUACCCGGAAGCAGUAGCUUUGCCAAGAAUUGAAACCGAACGAGUAGCUGAAGCGAUGUUUGAAAUUUUCACACGUAUGGGUGUUCCAAAUGAAGUACUUUCAGAUAUGGGAAGCCAGUUUACAUCAGACCUCAUGAAAGAAAUUGGAAGAUUAAUGUCCGUCAAGCAAUUACACACUACUCCAUACCACCCGAUCUGUAACGGUCUCGUAGAAAAAUUCAAUGGUACCCUAAAACGUAUGCUGCGUAGGAUGUGUAACGAACGCCCAAAAGAUUGGGACCGAUACAUACCAGCUUUGCUAUUUGCAUAUCGCGAAUCCACGCAAGAUAGUUUGGGUUUUUCGCCUUUUCAACUCAUGUACGGAAGAACAGUUAGAGGUCCGUUAACUAUCCUCAAAGAAUUGUGGACAGGUAACAUACCAGACGAGGAAGUAAAAACCACUUACCAAUAUGUGAUUGACCUUCAGGAAAGACUCGAGUCGACAUGCGAACUCGCUAGAGAAGAAUUAACCAAGUCUAGUGCCAGGUACAAGAAAUACUACGACACGCGUACCAAAGAUAGGAAAUUCGAAGUAGGAGACUUAGCGCUAGUUUUGCUACCAACCGACGCGAACAAACUUCUCAUGCAAUGGAAAGGUCCAUUUCCAGUUGUUCAUAAAAUCGCACAGAAUGACUACAGAUUAGAUGUGAACGGCAAACCACGUUCCUAUCACGCCAAUUUGCUCAAGAAAUACGUAGUACGAUCCGAUCAAUCAGAAGAAACGGAAGAAGUAGUACACGCUGCCGCUAGUCUUAUGCGCGUUUCAACGAGCGUCAUUGACGAUGAAAUUGAAGAAGUCACAAUGGAUGUUAAAUUGUUGCCAAUUGAACAAACCGAAAGUUGGAUAGAUGUACAAGUAUGCCAAGAUAUAACAGAAAUCCCGAAGCAGCAGAUUAACCAAGUGCUUGAAGAGCAUGCGAAUAAUCUGACAGACAUUCCAGGAAGAACCGAAUUGCUGCAACACAGUGUUAAAUUGACAACGAAUGACGCAAUACGAUCGCGAGCGUAUCCUGUUCCAUUUUCCACACAAACAACAAUAAAGAGUGAAAUUGAGACUAUGCUGAAAUUAGGAGUCAUUGAAGUAUCCGAGUCGAAAUACGCUUCACCCAUUGUUCUAGUACGAAAACGAGAUGGCACGAACCGAUUUUGCGUCGACUUUCGUAAACUGAAUAAAGUAACCGUGUUCGAUCCUGAACCCAUUCCCAAUGCAGACAAUCUCAUGGCUCAAGUUGCUAAUGCGAAAUUCUUCAGUAAGUUAGACCUCACCAAGGCGUAUUGGCAAAUUCCCAUUGUUCAAUCGGAUAAAGAAAAGACAGCAUUCGUAACCUUAGAAGGCUUAUAUCAUUUCAAUGUGUUACCAUUUGGCAUGGUGAAUGCACCCGCGACAUUUACUAGAAUGAUGCGCAAACUGCUAAAAGGUCAAAGCCAUGUAGUGAAUUUUAUCGACGACAUCCUAAUCUACACCGAUACAUGGAUAGAACACUUGCAAAUUUUGAGAGAAGUUCUUGGUCGCCUGCGUAACUCUAACCUAACCGCAAAACCUUCGAAAUGUAUGAUUGGAUUUGAUUCAUUGGACUUUCUGGGCCACAUUGUUGGCAAUGGUAAAAUAAGACCGCAACCAGAUAAAGUUGACAAAAUUUUGCAUGCAACUAAACCAAGUACGAAGAAAGAAGUUCGUUCAUUCAUGGGACUGGUGAAUUAUUACAGGAAAUUCAUUCCAAAUUUUUCAGCGAUUGCCGUCCCCAUCACAGAUUUGACCAAAAAGGGAAAUCCAAACCAUGUAAAAUGGGAAGAGUCACAAGAGAAAGCGUUCAGAACUCUGAAAGCACGACUUGCCUCUGCGCCAAUAUUGCACUUACCAGAUCACAGUAGGUCAUACAUUCUCAGAACUGAUGCAUCAGACGUAGGUAUAGGAGCAGUGCUCAUGCAAGAAGAUGGUGAUAUUUUAUUCCCCAUCUGUUAUGCCAGUCGUAAAUUGCUACAGAGAGAGCGUGCAUACGCCGUAAUAGAGCGUGGAUGCCUUGCAUUGAUUUGGGCAAUUUCGAAGUUCCAUAUAUAUCUCUACGGUAAAGAGUUUCUAGUAGAAACAGACCACCACCCAUUGGCGUACCUCACCACUGCCAAGGUCAAUAACAGUAGGAUUAUGAGAUGGGCUUUGAGUCUACAACAAUACAGAUUCACUGUAAAAGCCAUCAAGGGUAUUGAUAAUAUUGGAGCGGACCACUUAAGUAGAUGUCCAGGUGUUUGA